AUGGUAGAACGCCUACCAGGAGUAGCUCCCCCAAUCCGAAGGAGAAACCCUGAUUCCUACGCGGAUACCCAUUUUGCGGAAGAGAUUGCCUCGGUUGAGAUGCCUAGAAAGUUCUCCUUCCCCAGCAUCAAGAUGUAUAACGGUACUGGCGACCCCGACGAUGACAUCGCACAGUACAAGCAAAGGAUGUUGGCGGUUGCACUCCCUAAGGAAUCCCACGAGGCCACGAUGUGCAAAGGGUUCGGUUUCACUCUGAUCAGACCCGCCUUGCAAUGGUACAUCAAUCUCCCUACCAGGUUCAUAUCUUCCUUCGCAGGCCUGAGCGACAAAUUCGUGGAGCAAUUCACAAGCAGUAGGAGCCUGGAGAAGACUUCAGAUGGUCUCUACGAGAUCCUCCAGCAUCGAGUGGAACCCCUGCGAGACUACAUAGCCCUCUUCAACCAGGAAAAAGUGGCGGUCCCCGAAUGCAGCAUCCCUACUGCGAUCUCUGCCUUCAAGAGAGGUCUACUUCCAGAUGGGGAGCUAUACAAAGAGCGGACCAUGUAUCCUUGCAAGACCAUGGAAGAUGUGUUGUCCCGAGCCUGGGCGCAAGUGAAGUGGGAGGAAGAUGUUGCUAGCCGUGCCAAGGCUCAGCAAAAGCAGGACCAAAGGUCAGCCCGAUCAGAUCGAGGAUACCGAGAUGAAAGAUCCUCCCAAAGGGGAUCCAAGGACUCUGGUAGUAGAAACAUGGGCAUGUUCCAGUACCGGCCGCAAGAGAAGGAAGAAGGGAUGUCGGUAUCUACCAGGCCCGAUAUCUUCCAUCUCUCAAUAUCAACACCAGAUCUAGUCAACGCACUGAGACAGAUGGGCCAACAGGUGCAUGGCCUCCAAAGAUGA